AUGGAAGACUGCGAUCACUGGCUGGAUUCACUGGAACGAGCCGUCCAGGAAAUGGAAGCCCUACAAGCCAUCUACCCAUGCGAUCAGAAUGAAGAAGACGAACCGCACAGUGUUGUCCUGACACUGAAAUCUUUGGACGCGCUGACACAAGCACGUGAGAUCCUCGCUAGCACUACUAGUGGCGAUGAUCCACUUGGGAAAGAGGCAAUUCCCACGUUGGAAGUGGAACUGCAAAUAGCCGGCGGUGCAAAGGGUCCUUCUGCCAGAGUCUAUUUCGGACUGGGGCCUGGAUAUCCAUCUCUGGAACCCGUCAGAGUCUCUGUGUUGACCACAGAGGGACUCGCCAACCGAAGUGCCAAGGAAGAUUUGGCCCGACAGCUAAAGGAAAAGGCAAAAGGCCUCGUUGGAUCCGAAGCCAUUUUGGAGUUGGUGCAGGAAUGCCAAGAAGAGUUGUGCCAAUUACACGAGCAGACUCUGCAGCAGCACGAGGAGAAAAAUAUCAAUUCAGACGACAAUAAUUCCGAUCACACGCUGGGACGUCGUUGGAUAUGGGUGCAUCACAUUACAGACCGCCAACGCAAACUGGAUAUUGUCAGCGAAGCACGGGACCAUGGAUUGGGGGGAUAUCUCAAAGCUGGAUAUCCUGGGAUUGUGGUAGUGGAAGGCCCUCGACGAGCCUGCAAUAACUUUGUCACUUGGAUCAAGGGCAAUAAAAGUCGUCCGGGGGGGUUUGGCCGACAAUGGGGGCAUCACGUUCGCGGAGAGCUACAGAUCGACAAACUCAUCUUGCCUGCAAGCUUUGAGGUGCUGGACGAGGACAUGAGCGCCCUAUCGUCCAUAUGCCGUAAUCACGACCUCGAAGACGAGUUUCUCAAGUUUGUCAUGCAACAUGGGUAA